UUGUUCUAGAAAGAGCCUUCACAACCUUACUUUGAAGAAGCCCAGGGGACAGGUAGCCACAACUGAUUUGCAGAUAAGAAAGGAGGCCCAGGCAGUAUCUGCAAAGCCAGGAGUGUGACUCAGUACUUCUGUGUGUUGUGCACACACCGGCGACUAGAGAUGCCAGAGUGUUUUGACUCUGCAGCAGGCACCUUACACACCUGAACUUCUUUAAACCUCACAACCGCCUUAUGAGAUUCUCUAGAAAGCAUAACAGUGAUGGAGUACAUGAGCACUGGCAGUGACAACAAAGACGAGAUCGAUUUAUUAAUUAAGCACUUGAACGUGUCCGAUGUGAUAGACAUCAUGGAGAAUCUCUACACCAGCGAGGAGCCAGCGGUUUACGAGCCCAGUCUCAUGACCAUGUGUCAAGACAGUAAUGAAAAUGAGGAGCGUUCAGAGUCUCUGCUGCUCAGUGGCCAGGAGGUGCCUUUGUUGUCAUCGGUCAGAUACGGAACGGUGGAGGACUUGCUGGCCUUCGCAAACCACAUAUCCAACACCGCAAAGCGUUUUUAUGGACACCGACCGCAGGAAUCGGGGAUUUUAUUAAACAUGGUAAUCACUCCCCAGAAUGGACGCUAUCAGAUAGACUCUGAUGUUCUCCUUAUCCCCUGGAAGCUGACUUAUCGGAAUAUUGGCUCUGAUUUCAUACCUCGGGGGGCCUUUGGUAAAGUGUACUUAGCCCAAGAUAUAAAGACUAAGAAAAGAAUGGCGUGUAAAUUGAUUCCAGUAGAUCAAUUUAAGCCGUCUGAUGUGGAAAUCCAGGCCUGCUUCCGGCAUGAGAACAUUGCUGAGUUAUAUGGUGCUGUGCUCUGGGGUGAAACCGUGCACCUCUUUAUGGAAGCCGGCGAGGGAGGUUCUGUUCUUGAGAAACUGGAGAGCUGUGGACCAAUGAGGGAAUUUGAAAUUAUUUGGGUCACAAAGCAUGUUCUUAAGGGACUCGAUUUUCUACACUCAAAGAAAGUGAUUCAUCAUGACAUUAAACCUAGCAACAUUGUCUUCAUGUCUACAAAAGCUGUUUUGGUGGAUUUUGGCCUAAGUGUUCAAAUGACUGAAGAUGUCUACUUUCCUAAGGACCUUCGCGGAACAGAGAUUUACAUGAGCCCAGAGGUGAUCCUGUGCAGAGGUCAUUCAACCAAAGCGGACAUCUACAGCCUGGGAGCCACACUCAUCCAUAUGCAGACGGGCACCCCGCCUUGGGUGAAGCGCUACCCUCGCUCAGCCUAUCCCUCCUACCUGUACAUAAUCCACAAACAGGCGCCUCCGUUGGAAGAUAUCGCAGACGACUGCAGUCCUGGCAUGAGGUUGCUGAUAGAGGCUGCCUUGGAGAGGAACCCGAAUCACCGUCCGAGUGCAGCCGACCUGCUCAAACAUGAUGCCCUGAACCCCCCCAGAGAGGAUCAGCCACGCUGUCAGAGUCUGGACUCUGCCCUCUUUGAGCGGAAGAGGCUGCUGAGUAGAAAGGAGCUGGAGCUUCCGGAGAACAUAGCGGAUUCUUCAUGCACAGGAAGUACUGAGGAAUCGGAGAUGCUGAGGAGGCAGCGUUCUCUUUACAUAGACCUGGGUGCCCUGGCUGGCUAUUUCAACCUUGUGCGGGGUCCACCAACCCUAGAAUAUGGCUGAUUGAUGGCAUCAUUUGCUCUGAGUAAUUAAGACUCAGCAUUGGGCUCCUCCUG